UACACACAAAGUAACACGGGGAAUCUUUGCUCUUUUACAUGCUAGAAAACCAAUAACAAUUAGAAGGUUGGUCCAGGUAGGACAAAAACCCACGACACAUUCUGACAAACAAACGGAACUAUCGUUAACAGUGGCAGUAACACGAUAAUAAACACUACAAAAAGAUCAAACUAAAUUAGCAGAACUCAAAGAUAUGGAUCAGUAUCAAGUCAAGUAACAACAAAUUAGAAAUAGUUGCGAGAUGAAAAAGCAGUACCCUUAUGAUAGCUGGAGUAAUUUUGACAGAAACAUUUGCACAAAUCAUAAAUAUGCUUCCGGAAAUCAUGGAUAUUAAAUGUAUCACAAAGUGGAAAAUUGCAUACAGUUGUACGUGACCACAUUAUGACUCUUGAUUGUGGAUCGACUACCAAACACCUGUGACCUGAAACUAACCAAUCAACAUGUGUAGAACUAGCCAAUCAACAAUUUUGAUAAAUUAACAAACGUGUAGAUAUAAUCGGAAUCACGCUAUAGAUCAAAGGCCUACGACUGAUCAACCUGUUUGAUGCCAAAGAAAAAAGGUGACAGUCCAUCAAUCAGAAAAUUAAAAACUGUCCCGUCAAAAAGUAGGAAAUAAAAUACAUGGACACCUGUGUGCGUUGGAUGGAAUAUUAUUACACAGAGAAUAAUGAUUUAAUAUCGUAAAUCAAAUUAUGCAGUGUACAUAUUUCACAUAAGGUGCAAGUACUGAAAUAUUGCCAAAAUGUUAUCGAAGAUGUUUUAUAUCGGGGUUCUUACCCCAGCAUGCAUCACUGUCGCCUUUUUCGUGGCUUUUCUCAUCUGCUGGUUUAAAUGUGGACUACGUGAAAAAUUCCUCCGAAAACGAUAUCCAGAACAUUUUAACAAAAAUGAACCGAACGUGCAAUUUACAGACUUAACCUACCGAAAUAGGAAUUGUGGAUUCACAGAAAGGGAUGUUCCGGAAAGUGACGGAGGACGUCAAUUAAGCACCCCAUCAUCAACACAUAGUUAUGAGACAAUGGCAGACUCCCAUUCAGCAGCAGAGAGUGAUCAUAGUUCUAUUAGUAACUCUUCAACUCAGAGAAUGCUUGGAGUUGGAAGCAAAGAAGACCAAAGAAGGUCACAGCCUCAUUUUGAACCUAAGCAGACGGCUUUACCUACCUUUGGUGAAAGCCCCAUCUAUGGGGUACAGCGACAAGGCUGGAAUUAUCCCACCCAGCACCAAGACUAUAUCACCCAAAAACAUACUCAACAAACAAUAAACAAACAAAAUGACAAAUGCAGAUAUACAAAUAAACAAUCAUCAAAUAAUGCAGAAGCACCAUUUUCUACUGACAGUAAAAACAUUACCCAGGAAUGGAUUAAAAAUUACAGAUGCAGUUCGCUAGAAGAUCAUUAUAAACACUGUGUUAUUGGAAUACAUAAUAAUAGCGACAUUAAAACCUCAAAUUAUGUCCCAGGAAAUUAUGUUUCCUCGUCUUACCCAGAAGCCCCAAAAGACAUCACUAGAGGGCAGCAGUAUUUACAAAGCCAAAUAAGAGACUUCAAAGGGUACCAUCCCCCUCCCCCAGAUGUUACCUAUAAUCAUCCCCCAGCACGCCCUGGGACAUACAUCCCCCGUAGUCUGUCUGACACAUAUGGGAUGUUUGUCACUCCCCAGAACUACCCCCAAGUGCAUAGUGGACCCAAUUAUUACCAAGGCAUAGACACUGAUUCAGAAUAUAACAGAGACUACAUGUAUCAACCCCCUAGCCAAAAUGAACAUAGGGUUGCUAUACAAAUGGUGUCAUAGAAUUUGAAAUAAUUUUGUGAUUAGAAGUUAUGAAGAUCAGUCCCCAAAAAUAUGCAUCUAAAUGUUAUCUUCAUGAUGAAAGUUUCAGUUUUAAUGGAAAUCAAGUAUUAUUUCAAAAUUUAUGUGUUGUUAUAAUUUUGAAAUUUUCAGUUUUUAAUGCCUGAGAAAACAGAAAAUCAAAUAUUAUUUUGUCAAUGUAGGUUUCAGUUGUCACACAUUGAGAUACCCUUUUCAAAAAUAAAAGAGUGAUUGAAUUCAUUUUACUCUUUAGAUUUCUGAUAAUCCUUUAACUCUGAGCUUAUCAGAUGCUUAAUCAUUAAAUGAUGGUUCUUGAAAAGUUAACACAUUAUUGCAGCCCUACAAUGUUCUGAUUGGUUGAGCAACUUAGUUAGAGGAUGGCGACUUGGCACUGAGCCCAGGGUAGCAAUACUGUGGAAUACUAAGCCAUAUACUCCCAUCCCGACAUAGCCGUGCCCCCUUUGUCUUAUCCUUCCA